AUGCUCCUCCCGACCCGUCGCCUGAGGCGGGCUAACCUCCUCCACAUCCUCCUCGCCCUCCUCGUCCUCGACGCCUUCCUGAUCGUCCGCAACCGGCCCCUGACAAAGUACCCGGCCAGCGUGGCCCCGCGCCACCCCGGCAACGAGACCUUCUUCAUCGCCAGCAUCCACCGCAACAACGGCCCCGUCCUCGGCCAGUCCAUGUCCAAGAACCUGCUGAACCUCGUCGACUACCUCGGCCCGGACCGCGUCCACUUCUCCGCCGUCGAGUCCGGCUCCCAGGACGACACCAAGGCCAAGCUGUCCCUCCUGCAGAAGAAGCUCGACGCGAAAGGCGUGUCCAACACCAUCUCCCUCGGCAAGACGGCCCACGAGCAGCUCGACGAGAUCCACGACCGGCCCCCGCCCUCCGCCGCCGCCCCGCCGCCGGGCUGGAUCUGGAACGCCGACGAGGCGCGGUACGACGUGCGCCGCGUGCCGUACCUGGCACGCGAGCGCAACCGCGCCAUGGACCCCCUCGCGGACCUCCUCGCGCGGGACGGCAGGCGCUUCGACAAGGUCCUCUGGCUCAACGACGUCGUCUUCGAGAACCGCGAGGUGGCCAUGCUGCUGGGGACCCGCGGCGGGGACUUCGCGGCGGCGUGCGCCAUGGACUUCACGCUGUGGCCGUACUACUACGACACGUUCGCGCUGCGGGACGACCGCGGCCUGAAGACGGCGUCGUGGUACUGGCCGUGGUUCCUGAGCGCGCGGGCGCGGGCGUCGGCGGAGGCCAUGGACCCCGUCGAGGUGAGGUCGUGCUGGAACGGCAUGGUGGCGUUCGACGCCGCGCCGUUUUAUGCGGAGAAGCCGUUGCGGUUCCGUGGCGUGGAUGACAGCCUUGCGGCGUUGCAUCUCGAGGGUUCCGAGUGCUGCUUGGUCCAUGCGGACAACUACCUGAGUCGGGAGAAGGGGGUUUGGCUGAACCCGAAUGUGCGCGUCGGGUACAAUGAGAAGGUCUUUGACGAGACGAAGCUAGACAGGUUUCCGACGGCGUGGGCUGCGGUGGUUGGUGUUUGGGCGAACAGGUAUCUGAGGGUGCGGAACAGUGUACAGUUCGCGCUGGAGAGCCGCGUGGUUGAGAUGAGGUUAAGGCAGUGGGUUGAUGAGACCCCAGCGAGUGAGCUUCCGCGGACGGAGCCAGGGGAGAUGUGCCUCAUCAACGAGAUGCAGAUUAUGUGGAUGAAUGGAUGGAAGCAUAUAUAA